AUGCUAAGUUGUGGAGUCAGACAGAAAGUUAGUGGUGCUGGUGCCGUUGUGCAGCAGCAGAGGUUUAUGUCAGGUCGUAGGAUUGCGUAUCCUACGUUUCCAUUCAGAAAGCUGACAAGACAACAUCCAAAGAGUCACGAUACUAAUCUGAAGUACGCCAUGAGACAGUUUUUGGGUCCUAAGAAUUUUAAAGGAGAAUAUCCUAUGAACAAAUAUUUCUAUGUGCCAACUGACCAUGUUCCUAACUAUGUGAAACCCGAUCUGGAGAGAGGUCAAGCGUUGCAGAAUGCAAAGAAAGAGACGUUGAGAAUGAGACAUGACGGGAGCUAUGAAGUAGAUCCGAAACUGGUCAAUUUGUCGGAGAAAGUUUACCCAAAAAGGUCGCUGCAACCUUUCCCAUUGAAUAAACAUUGUCAAACAAACUAUAUAAUCAGCACUGAAUUGAAACAGGAUAUCUAUAACGAGAUCACCAAUCUUGGGAUGACUGCUCAACAAGUAUCUCAAAAAUAUGGUUUGAAGAUUCCGAGAAUCGAAGCUAUUAUAAAAUUACAAGAGAUUGAAAUGAAGUGGCUUAAACAUAACAAAGUCAAGGAAGAUACAAAAGUAAUGGCAUCGACAUUGUUCAAAAUGUUCCCCGUGUUCAACCCUAACAACAACACCGAGGUUACACGUAACCAAGAAGGCAUUCAAACCUUCAGUAGAAAAGAGAAUUUAAGUGAAAUUCCUGUCCCACCAAAAGCAUUGAACUCAAGGUUCUUGACCAUCUCCGAAUCACAACCUUUUGGUCCAGUCGAUGCAGCAAACAUCCUGGAAUUGGAACCUGCCAUCACCACUCUAGAGAAACUAUCAACAGAGGGCCAGCAUUCUAGUGGCCGUACGGUGAAAGACAAUAAAGUCAAAACCAUCUAUGGUGAAUUAUUAGAAGGUGAGAAAUCACAAUUCAAAUUUAAAGAUGCAAAGGUCGGUAGAGUAGGGUUCCGUUACGGAGCAGGCAACCGUGAUAGCAAGAAGGAUCGUAGAAUAGACUUCGAUGCACAAGGCAAGAUGAUAUACGUUUAG